UUAGUUUGCUUUACUUUAUUUUGUAUAAAAAUUUAUACUAAAUUGAUAGUAUCAGUUGGUAAGCUGCAUGCAGAACAUUCUAUAUAAAUAACGUUGAUUAACAUCAAGUUAAACAGUUAAACGAGGCUAUUCGCCUGGUCAAAUAAUUGGACCGGCCAGCUUAUAUAAUUCAAAAACCGGAUGACUCUAUAUAGCAGAUCUGUGCGACGUCUGCUUGACAGUUGGCCUGGUAAGCGGCGCUUUGGCAUCUAUCGGUUUCUGCCGAUAUUCUUUGUUCUGGGCGCGGCUCUGGAGUUCUCCAUGAUCAACUGGACCGUAGGCGAGACAAAUUUCUAUCGCACGUUCAAGCGCAGACAGGCGAAAAACUACGUGGAGGAUCAACUACAACAGCAGCAGCAGCAGCAACAUCAACUACAGGAACCGAUUUAAUCAUGCCCGCCGGAGUCUCGUGGG